AUUAACGUCACAUUUUUGUUAUUGUUGUGAGCCCGAGUCCCCUUCGCAUUUUAUCAUUUUUCUCCACAUUUUCACGCAUAAACAUGUCCAAAAUAGCUGAUAACAUCAACCCACAUGUCUACGAGAAGAAUUCCGAGCGUGAAGUGACUUCAACCGAGCUUGACGAAGAUAUGGAGGACGAAUUUGAUGAACGUGAAAUUUACGAUUUAAUUCGCAAUAUCAACGAUCCUGAGCACCCUUUGACCCUGGAAGACCUGAGGGUGGUUGAGGAGAGUAAUAUAGUCGUGAAUAAUAAGGAGAAUACAGUGGAUGUGACGUUUACACCGACUAUUCCUCAUUGCAGUAUGGCUACUCUUAUAGGAUUAUCAAUCCGCGUGCAGCUCCUCCGAGCCUUACCCAGCCGUUUCAAGGUCACCGUCCGCGUGACUGAAGGAUCCCACGCAUCUGAGCAUGCGGUGAACAAACAGCUAGCAGACAAGGAGAGAGUGGCCGCUGCGUUGGAAAACAAUAACCUGGUUCAAAUCAUCAACCAGUGUGUCGCUGGUUGAUCAUUCAGUGACUCACUGGUUGCUGAAUAAUAGGUUGUUACAUACUUUAACUUUGACAAAUGUCAACAACCUGCCAAACUCCAUACAAAAAACACUGGUUAUAGUUACUGUUAAAAAAGUUAAGUCUUAACCCAAGGUUGAGUU